CCAGGAUCGGUGUAAGGUGUAGGUGUACAGUCGGCGCCCUCCGAAAGUCGCCUCCCGCGAGUCACCGCGGCCCCGUCAGGCCGAAAAGCGGGCUCUGGUGCGGACCUCUCGAGAGCAAAGUCAUCGUGUGCAGAUGAAUCCAACGAUGUGUCUUCACCCUGUGUUGAAGUAUACGCUUGCCUGGCUGUAGGCUGUAGGCCCCUCUCUUCUAAUUCCAGCAGUGUCUGCACCCCGCCUCUAUACCUCAAGCCUGUCCUGCUCAUUGAGUUGGUCGGAUUCCCAUGGCCAGGCCAUCUCUCGCGACCGAACUGCCCACACCUGUCCGAAAGCAGGCGUUCUUCCGAUAAUGGCUGGCUGGGAUAAGCAUCAGCUUCCACCGAGGCAAUGACCAGUUCCUGCCGUAGAGUUGAUGGCAGCCAUCAGCCGUCGGGCUCAGCCUUAAUCUCAUGUCAGAUCCGUUGAUCUGGCAACCAGACGCGGCAGUAUAUUCCGUAGCUGUUCUGGCGCAAGCAAGUUCAAUUGGUUUUGCCCGUUCUUUCCAUUACGGUGGCACGGACACUGCAAUGAGUCGAACAGCGCAGCCGAGUUUAGGCUUCCGCGUUGGCUGUAAUUACGUCCCGUCUGAUGCGUCUAACCAGCUGGAUAUGUGGCGGAGAGACAGCUUCAACCCAGCCUUGAACGACGUGGAGCUGGGCUGGGCCCGGGAGAAGCUUGGCAUGAGCCUCGUGCGAGUGUUCCUUCACGAACAGCCUUUCUUUGAGGACCCCUGUGGCUUCCUCGACCGAGUGGAGCAGUUUCUGCAGAUCGCAGACAGUCACGGCAUCCAGGUCAUGUUCGUGAUCUGGGAUGGUUGCUGGCGGCCUUCGUCCCCAUGCGAGGUGGAAGAGCAGGGCGCCGACGGCAAGUUGCGGAGAGUCGGACGCCCACUGAUUGGAGUUCACAAUUCUUGCUGGGUCCAGAGCCCGCUGCUGGAGACGCUCCGUGCCUGGCACGACAGGAGCCGGCUCCACCAGGACGACUUGCGCCAUUAUGUGCAGACCGUGGUCCGCAGAUUUCGGACAGACCCGCGCAUCCACAGCUGGGACUUGUACAACGAGGCUGACAAUUGGGUGCUGGAGAUGGCGACGUUCCUAAGCAAUCCUCGCAGAAUGCUAAUGUACAUUGCGGAUUCCCUCCGCGGGUUUGCCUGGCGCGUCUGUGCUGGUGUACUGCGGCGGAAGUCAAGAAGCGGGGGGGCAGGCCGAUCCGCGCGCGGAGAUGUUCACCAAAUCGUUGCCGAGCACGAAGAGCAGAGGCUGUCUUCCCAGACUCCUUAUCCGCACGUCACCUGGUGGACGACCAGUUCGUUCGAUCUAGAUUUGCGUUUUGCGCUGCUGGCGAGCACCGUGCUCUGGGUUCGGUCUGUUGCGCCCAGCCAGCCUGUCACUAUUUGCGAGUGGGAGAUGAUGACAGGCCGUUUCUGCGAGCUGGCGCUGCGGCAUUCAGACAUUGGUUCCUUCCACAUCUACUCCUCGGGAAGAUCGACUGCCGCUGAGGCUGAGCGAAUGCAGGUGCGGUACGGGGUAGGUCGGCAGGUCUUUUUGACGGAGUACCUGGCGCGCCCAUGGUGGUGCGGCAGUCGGUUCGAUACCGUCCUGCCGGCCCUCAAGCAGAGGAACGUUGCUGGCGCCCUGAACUGGGGCCUUGUUGCUGGCAGGACGCAGACUUUUCACUCUUGGCUCACGUGGUUCUGGCCCCUGCGCGUGUGGGGUGGGCUGCUUGCAGCGGUCGCGGGCGCGGCGUCGCUCGAGCCGAGGAACUGGUGGCACGAUGUGCUGCGGCCGGGGAGCGGGGAGCCCUAUCGCCAAGACGAGGCCGCUCUGCUCCGGCUGGUGGCAGGCCAGGGGUAGAGGCCGCGCUCGAGCCCAGGCCAGCUCGAGCGGUCCCCUGGCAGCGGCCGGCAGGGUCGGGAAGAAGCACGCACGUCUGGCCAGGCAGUGGGCUGCAAGUGGGUGUCCACAGCGGCGAGAGGGGCAGUCGUGUGAGUUCCUGGAACGAGCGGGCACCGUUUUUGUUGCUGUCGCCGCACGCUUUCAGGACGUCGCAGUGCUCGCGCUGCAGAGCACAGUGGAUUGUUUUUGCUGUGGCCCCAGAAGAUGCGCGUACGUAUGUGGUUUCUGCUUGUCACCUUGGCCUAUAGGUAUGGUACGGGACUGAUCUGGACGGUCACCGAAGCAUCCCGCUGCAGUCGCGCCUCUGAAGAGAGUGCAGAUACAUCUGACCCUGGGAAGGGGCUAACAAUUGGGACACGCAGUCGCGGUCCCGAGGCGGGCAUCCCGCGACCGCCGCCGCGCCCCGUCCCGAGGCCCCUCAAUCUGGGCAGAGACAGGGUGGGGGUUCAAGGCGAUGAGAAGUCCACCACGAGAGGCUGUGAGCUGUCACCACUACAGCACAUCCACCCUGCGGUGGUUGGGCCUGGGAUUUUGCGGGAAAAGGGGACUCACACCAUGCGGACCCGCCAUGGGGCAGGAGCGUGAAGGCUCUUCGGGCUCCCAGGCGGUGUGCCCCACAAGACAGGGUCCGUGCAGCCACUUGCGAUCGGGGGGCGGCCCAGCGGG